AUGGCUAACCCUUACGAGUAUCACCAUCACCUUGGCAUGUACUACACGCGAAUCGCGCAGCAUCUACUGGUGGGCUCUCAGCCACAGAGCCCGGACGACAUAGAGCGGCUGCAGCGCGAGGAGGAGGUGGCGGUGGUGCUGAACCUGCAGCAGGACCACGACAUCGCCUACUGGGGCGUCGACAUCCACCGCAUCACACACCACUGCCGCCAGCUGGGGCUCAGGCACUACCGCCGACCCGCGGUGGACUUCGACCCUCACUCACUGAGGCACCAGCUGCCAGGAAUGGUGGCGGUGAUAGAGCGUCACGUGUCAGGGGGACGCACUGUGCUCGUGCACUGCACUGCCGGCCUCGGCCGCGCGCCUGCUGCUGCCAUUGCCUUCCUCUUCUGGUUCCGUGACAUGGACCUGCGGACGGCAUAUGAGAUGGUCACCACGAAGCGGCCAUGCGGCCCGCGCUGGGAGGCCAUACGCGGCGCCACAUACGACCUGGCAGACAGCCGGCCGCAGCACUGCCGCCCACCCCUGGAGCACCUGCCAUCGCAUGCCUUCUCCGAUGUGUCUCAGGAGGAGAGGAGGACAAUUCGGGACAGAGUGAGAGGGUUGUACCAUGGGUGA